CAGCGCACCAUGUUGGCACGAGCUUAUCAAGCAACAGCUGAGGCAAUGCUUAAUGAAUCUGGUCCCUGUCUAUUGGGAUAUACACACCUCGUGGCUCGCUUGCUUGGCUUAGAUCGGUCAUCAUGCUCCGCCACCCAGAUGAUGGCUGCGGCUUCAGUAGGACCCUGUCACUCGGAUGCCGUCGGUCGGUUGCUGCGCGCACACCACAAACUUGUGUCUCAAUGGAGGCAGGCAAGUUGCGUCUUUUAA